AUACCAGCUGUUUGUAGCAUUAGUACCCCGGGUCACCUUCCUAGCUGCCGACGGGGGUGCUGGGCUCUGGAUGGCUAAGUAUGAGAGAGGAUCUGCAACCAACUACAUCACCAGAAACAAAGCCAGGAAGAAGCUGCAGCUGAGCCUUCCUGAUUUCAGACGCCUGUGUAUCCUGAAAGGGAUUUACCCUCAUGAACCCAAACACAAGAAGAAGGUUAACAAGGGUUCUACAGCCCCAAGAACCUUCUACCUCCUCAAGGACAUCAAGUUUCUCCUCCAUGAGCCCAUAGUCAACAAGUUCCGGGACUAUAAGGUGUUUGUGAGGAAGCUGCGGAAAGCCUAUGGAAAGAGUGAGUGGAAUACUGUGGAGCGCCUGAAGGACAACAAGCCUGCUUACAAGCUUGACCACAUCAUCAAGGAGAGGUACCCCACCUUCAUCGAUGCCCUGCGAGACCUGGACGAUGCUCUGUCCAUGUGCUUCCUGUUCUCCACCUUCCCCCGGACCGGCAAGUGCCAUGUGCAGGUCAUCCAGCUGUGCCGGAGACUGACCGUCGAGUUCCUCAACUACAUCAUUGCUUCCCGUUCCCUGCGCAAG